AUGGUUCUUGAAUAUACUGGCGACCUCACGACAAAUCCCAUACGGCUGAGCGAGAAUCUCGUGUGGCACAACUCAGAUACGGUCUUGAAGCCAUGUGGCUGCGCUGGUUCCACCCCGGAUCACGCUGAUAUAGUACAGGUGAUAUUACCAGACACAUUGUCAGUCAAGCCAGAGACACGUACUGAAACUGCCACCUUGGCACGCGAUGGAGCGGUUGUCUUUGGAUACAAUCGCAACUUUCAGUGGCGAUGGGGUGAUACCGGAGAUCCUGAAAACGACGAAAUUACAAACAACGAAAGAAACUCGCUUUCACCAACAGGUGACGUCGAAAACACCAGCAGCAAUACGCUCUUAGUUGGCUCUGACAGUGAUGUCCUUGACGUGUCGAGUUCGCAGAUCCAUUCAACCUCCACCGAUAUCACCAUUGACAGUACAGUCGUGGAGAAUGAGCCAGUACACCCAAAGCCUCUCGUCCGAUCAUUUACCAGGUGGCAAUUGGAGUCACUCAAACCCGAGGACUACGCUGUUGGCAUUGUCUGCGCGCUGCCGUUGGAGCUCCUGGCCGUUCGUGCUUUAUUCGACCAAACUCACCCCGAUCUCCCUCUGUCUGCCGCGGACUCUAAUCAUUACGCUCUGGGGAGUAUGGGACGGCACAAGGUCGUUGCUGCCUGUCUUCCAGACGGAGAGUAUGGCACGAACUCUGCGGCGGAUGUUGCAGCGAAUUUGAGACGAAGCUUUCACCUGGUGAAAUUCUGCCUAUUGGUAGGCAUUGGUGGUGGUGUUCCAUCUUCCAGGAACGACAUUCGCCUCGGCGACGUUGUUGUCAGCAAGCCUAAUAGCAUGGGACCCGUGGAUUUCUACAGCCACCUCCUCGACUGGUAA